AAAAAAUAAAAAAUUUGGUUAGAGCAAUCUUAAUUCUCAAUGAAACCUUAUAAAUUGAAUAAAAAAACUAAAUAAUUAAUUAAAUUGUUGCCCUGUGAUGUAAGUUGAUUGAAAAAAAUCAGAAAAGGUAACUGAACCGGAAAACAUUCGUACCCACCAUUACAGCGCAAGCGUAUUAAUUACUACGUCACCGGGGAUCUACCGACAUUUUGAGUAGGUUAUAAUUCUGCGGCAUGUUAAUUUCUUUCAGUAGAUGUGUUCAAGUUGGUAUGUAGUCAAUAACACAAGUUACACAAGAUCAAAUGAGGUUGUGAACCGAGUAAAAGUGGAUCGGAGUUUUGUGAGCUUUCCCAUUCAAAACAUUCGUUAUUUGUAUUGAAACAGACCAACCAAUUUGUAACCAUGAUUUGUUUUAUGAUAAUUAUCAACUGCUUAGUUAUAUCAUCCCACGGCGCCUUCGUUUUGGACAGUCUCUUGCCGACUUGCGAUGUAGUGUUAGCCAAAAGUAAAAGCAAUACAGUUCUUAACAAAGAUUGGAAAAUAGUUAAUUCUACUGAUGAGAUAAUAUUCAAUUUAUGUGCACCGGUGAGCGAUAAUUUCAUCAAUUGCAAAGGUCACACAGCUUGCAUAAGAAGUAAUGGUGUAACGACUUACUUCGAUGGAAAAUUCGCAUCCCGAAAAGGAGACGCCAACAGUGUUAUCCUCAUAAAUCCUGAUGCCAAUGUUACUGCACCAAACCGGACAUUAAUAGUAAAAUGGGAUUGUUUGAUCCAGAAGGAACCUCUAUUAAAUAAUAUCGAUGAUAGCGUGUACGAAGUAACUCUGAUAUCCCUAUCCAACGAUUGCCGUCGUCCUUGUAGCGUGGUCCUCAAUGCUCGCUUAUGGGAUUUUUCCUCUUUGAAAGGCCGAUACCUGGUGAAUUCUACUACGGCGAAUUUCAGCAUAUUUCUUUGUGGACUGAAUCCCGAUUGCGACAAUAAAGCGUCGAGCUGCAUUAUCAACAAAAGUGGUUUCACUGAGCUCUCGGCAGGACACACGUUGGUUACCUAUGAAAACGCUGAAAAUGAAAUGAAAUUGCAUGAAAAGUCCAAGUUUGGUACGAGAGAUGUUAUCAUUGAUAUACACAUAAAAUGCAAUUGGAUUUCCAAAGUGUCCAAUUUUCGGUACAUUAAACCGGAAACACAGGGGAGUAAAUACAAAUUCGAAAUGGAAUCGACCUACGGUUGUGUUAAACUACCUACGAGUUGUCAACUGUACCAAGAACACUACCAAUUUAACCUGAGUACGAUUUAUAACGAAACUGGUUACAUCGAAGUAGAUAAUGUACCAAAUUCUAGUCAAAUAUUUUUGAAUAUCUGCGGACCGCUAAAACUACCAGGCAGUGUUGCGGAUAAUUGUACAAGAUCUUCUUCGCAAGUAUGCGAAAAAAUUGGUAGCACGUUCGUUAACAGAGGAAGCAUUUAUACGGAGCCUGUUCUUCAUAAAGAUAGCAUUGAAAUGUCUUUAACAAGUGGUUCAAAGUGUGGAAAUGGUACAUAUAAAACUACUAUUAAUUUCCGUUGUUCCAAAUUCGAAGAAAAGCCUAAGUAUUUGAAAGAUGAAAAUUGCGAGAUGCAAUUACUAUGGAAUACUCCAGCAGCAUGCCCACGACCCUACGGUGAAUCCUGUCUGAAUACGCAUGCAGAAGUCUCCUAUUGUGAUAAAUACAAUUACACUCAAUCUUAUAAAUUAAGCGAAUUAAAAACACCUCAAGGACGCGUCAUUAAACACGAUAACGCUGAAUAUCAUCUGAACGUUUGCGGGAUAGUCAGGGAUGAUGAAGCACCUUGCAUGAAAAAUUCCAUGAUGUUUGUGAAAUAUUUGGACGAGUUUGAUAUUAGAAAGAAGAUAAAAUCAUUUGGCGAAAUGUCGAAGAUGUACACAGAAAACAACAGAUUAAUUAUCGAGACUGGUGGAGGCGAUUAUUGCGAUCAAAACAAUAUGCAUUAUAAAAGCAAAAUAAUUUUUCAAUGUACUCAAGGAGAGGACAAAUUGGAUAUCUUAAAUGCUACCUCAUUGUGCAGUCCAGAGUUCUUAUGGCAAUCGAAACGCGCUUGUGUAAAUGUCAACAAUAAUUGUCUGUUCAGCCAUCCCUUAUUUAAUGAGAUUUCACUAAACUUUUCAUCAUUCAACAAAAAAUCGUUCAAAGUAAACCUGGGAAAAACCUACCUAUUCGAUUUGUGCGGCGAUGACAAAUCACAAUGUUUACCUAACGAAUGCAUCUACGUUCCCCUCGACAAGGCGUUACUUGUUCACAACAAAAAAACUUAUUUCGAACUUUCAUUCGAUAAAAAAUGCGAUAAGGUGGACUCGUUUAACAAAACGAUAAUCCAAAUGGCUUGCGAUAGAAUAAUGCAAGAGGAACAUUUUGAUGUGAUAGGUAUAGAAAAUUGUACGUUGAACAUACAACUGAAGACAAAUCGAGUUUGUUUGGAUAAGGAGGAAUUUGUGCCAGUAGAAGUGCAGGGUUCUGAUUAUGUUCACUAUAAAGUUAACUCUACUGCCCAUAAUGAAACUCCGUUGAAUAAUAAUUGUACAAUUAAUAACAAAUAUACCGGCUAUGUGUUCAACGUUAGCCAACUCGAUUUUAAUGUCUCAUCGUCUAAAUGUCCUAAUGUAAAUUUUGAGCCCAAAAAUAAAUCUAUUGUGCUAGUUUACAAUCAAUUAGAAAGUUGCUAUCCAGAAAACGGUAGCGCCGGCAAGUUGGAUGUUAAAGUGAUUUUGAAAUGCAAAAAAAGCCCUUUCCAAAAUUACACAGAGGUUGAAACGUGCCUUAGGAAAUGGACUUAUGAAAUACCGCAGGCUUGUAAACUGUUAGAGAAUUACGAAUUACCGCUGGCUAAACCCGUAAAACAGAAGAGCAAUACUGGAUUAAUAUUAGGUAUCACAUGCCCGUUGUUAAUUCUAAUAGCAACAGGAUUAUCGAUCUGGGGUUACUAUUAUUUUAAAAAACGAAGCAGAUCAAAUUGGCUACUCUUAAACUCUACAUAUGACAAAGGAGUCGUUGUUUUUAAAAAUGAUUGACGAGAAAAGGAAUUACUUUCGCAUUUUUCCGCAUUGUUCACUUACUGUUACUUUUUUACAGGAUUUAGAAUUGUGAAAAGUUUAUGUUUAGAUGAUGUUCGAUCAGGAAGAAUUACCAGUAAUAUCAGUAUUAUGUGAUUGUGAAUGAGUUUUUAACGAGCCGUCUGUGAUAUGAUGUUGGCUAAUAAUGUAAUGUUAAAGUAUUUUUCUACUAUAAUUGCGUUCUCUUAUUGGACAAACUAAAUUGCACUGAAAGUAAACGAGUGAAUUGAACAUAUGUGUGUGGAUCUGUAGGUACCGGUUUUUUACUAUUUAUUUGGAACUAUUUAACAUACACAU